AUGCUGUUCCGAAUCUCCUACCUAUUUCCACUAACUCAGCUGGCCAUCUGUGUCAGCGCGCUAUCGUGGAACUUUGACGAGGCUAUAAUUUCCAUCACCGGUAAAGCUGGCUCUCGGCAAGCGUUUAAGGACAAACUCUCCGAUCAUGUUCCACUAGCUAAGCCUGUACUCCUCGGCGAAACUGAUACUCUCAAGAUUAUUUUCACAGCCACUAGUGAUGGUAUCGCAAAGAGACCCCAUCAAGCAUUCCUGCUACUUAGGGAUCAAGAUACGGGGGUUGAAACCGCAUUUGUCUCUUCCUUCAAAGGGAAUGGUCGGGGAAAAGUAGAAUUCUCACAAAAAGAUAUACCCAGUCCCUUACUACAAUCGUCGCAACCACUGCGAGCUACUUUCCUGCUAGGUUCCUUUGGAGAAUCACAAGCCUUUAGGAAUCACGUUUUCAAUCUCAUAGUACUCACUGAUCAAGGUUCCUCAACAAAAUACGAGAAGCCUUUGAGAUACGGCAGGCGAGACGAGAUUAACCAUACUUUUAGACCUGACCCAAAGAGCGGCCCUAUAUUUUUAUCAGCAUUCUUCACCCUCGCAAUCGUUGCUACUGUACACAUACUAUUUGCCAGCUGGAUUUACUUUGGUGCUAACCUAUCACACUUACCAAGUUCCCUAAAGAUCGCGCCUUUGUCACAUACUUUAUUUUAUGGUUCGAUUUUAAUGAUUGAAGCAUUAUUUUUCUUUUACUACUAUAAGUGGAAGUUAUUUCAGCUACUGCCAUCAGUUGCAAUCCUGGGCUUCAUUGCCUGCCUGAGUGGACCUAAAGCGCUCUCAGAGGUACAGGGACGUCGUCUUGCAGGCGAGAGGUAA